CUGAUCUAAUUCUCUGUAUUCGAAUACGCCUGCAAGAGCCUUGACUGCUCAUACUCGUUUUAUUUUCGGCACGAUCUCUUCUCGUUGAGGAAUCUCUCCCUACCUACCCAAAGUCGGAUACCAUAUUUACUACCCCUCCAAUCCGCGGGCGGAUCAGACGCAAUGGGCCGCGAAGACCAAAUUGAGGAGCGCGAGGUGCUCGACUCGAUUUUUCCAGAUGAGAUCACAGACAUUUCCGAAACUUCAUACAAGAUCUCGAUAACGCUCGACCCUCCCGAGAAUGGCCCCGAGCCAGAGCAGCCUGUGAUCUUUCUUGAAGUUUCAUACCCAGAAGAAUAUCCCGAUGUCGCCCCCGAGCUCAAAAUUUCACCUGUUCCCAACGCGCCGAAGCAUCCGCUUAUCGAGCUCCCAGAUGAUGAAGCCGUCCUAACGAGCGCCCUGAACAGUGCAAUUGAAGAGAAUAUGGGAAUGGCAAUGGUUUUCUCUCUUGUCAGUGCGUUGAAGGAGGCCGCGGAGCAGUUAAUGCUUGAACGGGUACAGGCUGUCGAGGAGGAGAAGGCGCUCGUGGCUCAAAAGGCAGAGGAGGAGGAGAAUAAGAAAUUCCGGGGCACACCUGUUAACCGAGAGACAUUCCAGAAAUGGCUUGCAGAUUUCAAGAAGGAGACAGAGGAAGAAGAGCAGCGGCAGCGUGAGGAGAAGGAAGCUGAAGACAAAAAGAAGAAGACCGCCAAGGAAGAGAAGAAGCUUACUGGGCGACAGUUAUGGGAGCGCGGCCUCGCCGGCAAGGCCGAUUAUGACGAGGAGGAAGAGGAUGCUAUGCCUGCCGUGGACAAGCUCAAGGUUACUGUAUGAUGUGAUUCACAACAUCUUUCGCACGGCUGGUGUAUUUGAUAGUACUGUUCUACACGGUUUACGUGUUUUUGGAGUUAUGCAUAUAGCACAAAACGAGUCUACGAUGACAUGAACAAUACCUCGUUACUGUAUUCAAGUGGGUACUCGAACUGAG